GGCAUUUUAUGAUUAGAACAUGGGAUUCAGUCUGACCUCUGACCUCGACAGUGAUAGUGAAUAAUAUGAUAUGGUAGAUAAAUAAAGGUAAUUGAAUGAAAUCUCAACGGUCACAUUUCAGAACUCAGAGAGAGAGAGAGAGAGAGAGAAUAACUCCCAACGGUCACAUUUCAGACCCCUUUUCAUCUCCAUUGACAAAACUUUCUAAACCAGUCUUCAUUUCGAGAUCAAAAAGGUACCCACUCACACUCACCUCCAAGGCUCUACUAAGCUCAACUCACACUCAGAUUGCGGCUGCUUUAAUCAUGGUCUGCUUUCUAGCUUGCUUCACUACUUCUAAUCGCCCAAAACAUCAACACUCAGAUAACGCAACUCACUCCAAAUACCAAGCCCUUAAGACUACUGAAUCGCCUCAACUCAUUGAACCACCAAAGCAAGAACAGGCUGGACAACUCACAGAAUUCAUAAGAGAAUCAAAAGAUGAGGUUGAGGAGGAAGGAAAUUGUUGUUCCGAGAAAAGGGUAACCUUUAAUUUGAAUGUUAAGACUUGUGUGGAGCCAUCUACUAAGGAAAGUAGCUGUGAUUGGGUGGAAAGUAAUGAGGAGAAGAAGAGUGGAAAUGAAGAAAAGCUAAAAGAAAUGAAACCCAUUUUGGAUACUAUUGUUGGGUCUUAUGUUCCAAAUAAUAGGUACCAAAAUUGCAGAAAAAGUACUGAUGAAUGUGAAGAUAUUGGAGGAGGAGAAGAUAGCAAUGUGGAAGAAGAUGAAGAUAGUGAGGCUGAUGAUAAAGGGCUAGUGCUGCAAGAGGAAUCUUCUGAAUCACUGUUUUCUUUAUCUAUAGAUUCUAGGAAACAAGUGUGUGAUGUUGAGAAGGGUGAAAAAGAGGUUAGUAGUCCAAUGCCAGUCCCUAGUCUUUCUGAGGAGAAAGUUAAGGCAAUUGGGUCAAGUCAAAAUGGCGUAAAAAGGUCUCGAUUUGGUCAUUCUUCAGUGUUGAGCCCAAUUGAAAAUUUCACUCAAUGGGAAGUGUUCAAAGAAGAGACACCACUUCCAAUAUCACAUUCCCAGCGUGUGAAGCAUCAUCAAGAGAAAGAGAACAGUAUCAGUUUAGAGCCAAGUUUCAAGGUGGAAAGACACAAUUCAAAACCCAAGUUUAGUGAAGUAAAGGCUGCAGAGCAAGAAGUUGGGGUAGACACCAGCCUAUCUAGCUGGUUGGUUGGAUCAGAAGCAACACCUAAAUCCAAUAGUAGUAUUGGUCACUCUACUGGGGACUCAGAGUCUGAGAGAAAGAAAACUCAUCUAGCAGUAUAAAACAGAGGCGAGUUUUAGGAGAAUUGUCUGAAUUUUCACCAUCUAUUUCUUCUUCUUCUUCAUCUUCAAGAGGGUUAAGAAGCAAGAGCAGUGAAGCAACACCUGAAAUUGGUACUGUUGGGAGUUACUGGAUUCAUACUGGUCAGAGUAUGGAUUCAAGCUCUUCUUGCAAAGGGACCAAAUCUGUUACAACUGAAAAGGAUCAAAUUGUAAAUUAUAAGUCUACUCCAUUUGAGGCCAAACUAGACACAGCUUUGGACGUGGCUGUUUGCUGAAGUUUACCAACUGAAUUAGUAGUAACAAUGUUAGCCGUUGUUUGUUUGCUUUCUUUCUCCCAUAUUAUUUUCAAUGGAUAUUUGAAAUUUAUAAUAAGUAGACUAUGUAAUUAGUUAAAUUAUUGAUAUUUCAAAUGGUAUAGUUUUAUGAAUUGUUUUUAUAUAAA